CCGGGGUAAUCUUCUAACAAGUAUCAUUCAUUAAAUACAAUUAAAUUUAAAUGAAAUGUUGGGAUAAAUGAUCAUUAAAUGCAUGCAAUGUGUGAACUACUGGUCAACGAUCUAUUGGAUGAGUUGAGUGCAGAAAAUCGCAGACUUUUAAGUGAAUUACAAUUUGUGUCCAAAUUAUGCCAAAUGUUGGAUCAAAUGCGAGACAAAUGCAAAGUUUUGGCCCAAAACUGCAAAUGCCAUACAAAUCGCCAAUUAAUUCACGAGUUGCUUGUCAUUGAAAAUGAUGUCCAAUGCAUUGAGCAAGCACAUAUUUCACCGAUUGGUGUGAAUGGCCAUGAAGUGAAUGCAACUAUAGUUAAGGAUAGGCUAUCAGUGGACAGACAGCCAGUGGUGGACAGCCGUCGCUCUGUGGCCACGAAUAGUAGCUCAAGAGUGGGUCCAAAAGCGAUCGUAUCCCACGAAACCUAUUUGAUGGACAAAAGGACGGGUCAUAUGAUGGACAGGAAUGUGACACAAGUGACUGUCGUUCACAAGUCUACUGGUGUUGAGUGUCAUGAAUGCGGACAACUCUUCAUGACUACGGAUCAGUUGGACAGACAUAUGAGUGACACACACGCCAUGUCCGUCAGUUUUGAAUGUCUUGAGUGCGAACAGGUAUUCAUGACUCAGGAUCUGUUGCGGAGACAUAUGAACGCCGAACACAUGAAGACAACAAAGUCUAUGGCUAAUGAAGAAUUGGUGGACCACUUGCUGUGUCGAAAAUGUGGUCAACUCUUUGACACGACCUCCGAGUUAGCCAUUCACAUGAAAUGCGCGCAUAUUUUAAAGAAAUAUGUUUGUCGUGAAUGCAAACAACAGCUGAACACCGAUAACGAGUUGAUUAGCCAUUGGGCACAAUAUCACGUGAUUCCCACUGAAAAGCUUAAGACUCGAAAAGAUCACCUCAAGAGUUCAGAUCCCAAACUAAUUACAGAGAUAUUGAUACAAAAGUCGCAAAACAUUUCAAACCUCUUAACCAUAAACGAGACAACAGUCAGUGAACCACUCAAACCAUUAUCGACCACUUCUUCGCCAGCGAGUCUAUUGUCCACCACAUCGUCUGCAAAACCGUUCAAAUGCGGUCUUAACGGAUGUGGAGAGCGGUUCCAAAGCGUCACCACUUUGUUCGCACAUAAAAUGGCUGAACAUAACGGACAGCCCGGCCCUAACGCCACGGACACGUCCACCAGUAUCCUGGAUCACAAGUACCACACUUACACUCAUUGCCAUCGGAAGCGCAGUAAGAAGAUAAGACCCAAACCUCUAUUCGCGGAUAAUAUCUCAGCCACACAGCAGUCAAUUGCAGUGUCCAGUGGUGUGGAGAUACCUCCUCAAGAGGUGCCUAAAGCGGAACCAUCGAAGUCGUCGGGGUCUAAGCGCUGGCAUUCAGGGGUCACAGAACUGAAGCCUAAGUCGAUCCUCAAACAGGUGCCGAAGCCGUCGGCGUCCAGGGCUUCAGAAGUUCACAACCGAACAGAGCGUCAACGAAGAGCUCAUUUGCGCCAAUCAUUUGGUUUACUGAGGAAUGAGUUACCGAAAGAGUGCCACAAGAAGGACGACAAGUCACCCAAUAUAAGGACACUUUGCCGGGCAAUCGCUUGUAUUGAGUCACUCAAUGGUGAUCACCAACGGCUUCAUUUGUUACCGAAAGAGUGCCACAAGAAGGACGACAAGUCACCCAAUAUAAGGACACUUUGCCGGGCAAUCGCUUGUAUUGAGUCACUCAAUGGUGAUCACCAACGGCUUCAGAAGUAUCUGAAGACUGAACGCCACAAAAACGAGUUCUUAUUGAAGCGGUUGGCGUCGUGUGUGAAGUCUGAACCAGCCGGGCAAUCGCUUGUAUUGAGUCACUCAAUGGUGAUCACCAACGGCUUCAGAAGUAUCUGA